GUUUGAGGCCUCAUUGAGCUGCUGCACAAUCGGGUCACCGGAGGCCGCCUAGUGUUCAUUUUGCUAUCUCUUUGCCUCUCUCUCCGUCGUUGUGGUCCUCCUUCUCCUCCAUCUUACCAAUUCUCAACAGCAGCCAUGAUAAUUCCAGAGAAGAACAGGAGAGAGAUCUCCAAGUACCUGUUCCAAGAGGGAGUUUGCUAUGCGAAGAAAGAUUUUAAUUUGGCGAAGCAUCCCGAGAUCGAUGUCCCUAACUUGCAGGUGAUUAAGCUGAUGCAGAGCUUCAAGUCCAAGGAAUACGUUCGGGAAACUUUCGCUUGGAUGCAUUACUACUGGUAUCUUACGAACGACGGCAUCGAGUUCCUGAGGACUUACCUCAAUCUUCCCUCUGAAAUUGUUCCCGCUACUCUUAAGAAGUCCGCCAAGCCCCUUGGUCGUCCUAUGGGUGGACCUCCUGGCGACCGCCCUCGCGGACCACCAAGGUUUGAUGGGGAUAGGCCCAGAUUUGGUGACAGGGAGGGAUAUCGUGCUGGUCCCCGUGGACCUCCUGGUGAGUUUGGUGGUGAGAAAGGUGGAGCUCCUGCCGAUUACCAGCCUGCUUUCAGGGGUUCUGGUGGAAGGCCUGGCUUUGGGCGUGGAUCUGGAGGUUAUGGUUCAGCACCACCAAGUUCAAGCUUCUCUUAGAUUCAUGUUUUGAUAAAUUAUGCUAUUUGCAAUUUAGGCUCUCAGAUGUUGCAGUUGAAAGUUAUGCAUGUUGAGAUACGUAGUUGAUUGAGACUCUAUCUACAGUUUUGGUUGCUCUAGAUCUUCAAAUCAAUCUAAGGAAUUUCUUAAAAAUAUUUCUGUUAAAUCAGUCUCGUUUGUGGUGGCACCUUUUUCUGGGUUUAAUGGAUUGUACGGUGGUGCUUCUUGUUACUGAUGAUAAACAUGUUUUUGCUUGUUUGGGAGCAUUGUGA